AUGGUAACUGGAAACACAAACGAAUCGACCACACCCAAAUGCUAUAGCUUUUUAGCCAAUGAUAUUGUGCUCAAUAUUAUCGAUACCCCGGGUAUUGUGGACAUCAAUGGCGAAGAUAGCGAUAACACUAAUAACACAAAUAUGAGAAUUCUGUUGGACUUUAUAAGGAAUUAUCAGGAAAUCAAUGCCAUUUGUGUGCUCUUAAAGCCAUCCGACACUAGGGUUGACGUGAUUUUCAAGUAUUGUUUGUCACAAUUGUUGAGUCACUUGAACAGGUCGGCCGCCAAUAACAUACUGUUCCUCUUCGCCGAUACCUAUAAACCCGGAAAUUCUGCUUCAAUAUUAAUAUCUGAAUUGAGUCGUAUCAGGGAAAAUACCCCUCAUAUAGAUAUAAAACAAAGGGUUGGAAAGUCUACUUUUAUUAACGCGCUCGUCAAUUACAUGACUUAUGAGACUAUGGAUGAGGCCAGGGAUGAGCCCAUUUGCAUUAUACCAGUUCAGUUUAUACUAUCAGACCAACAGACUUAUAAUGAGCAGGAAAUUUUAUUCGGAAUACCGGACAGCAAUGAGAAUACGACCGAUUCGACACAAUCGGCUACUAAAUCUCCCAAAUGUUAUAAAUUUCAAAACAAUGAGUUUAUACUCAAUAUUAUCGAUACCCCGGGUAUUGGCGAUACGGAUGGUGUAGAACAGGACAACAAAAAUAUGAGAAAUCUGUUGGACUUUAUAAGCAAUUAUCGCGAGAUUAAUGCCAUUUGUGUGCUCUUAAAGCCUAAUAACGCGAGGGUUGACGUGGUUUUCAAGUAUUGUUUGCUUGAGUUGUUCAGUCAUUUGAAUAAGUCUGCGGCCGAUAACAUACUGUUCCUAUUCACCAACGCCCGGUCCACACAGUAUGCACCAGGUGAUUCAGGCCCAGUAUUAAAGAAAUUAUUAAAAGAAGUUAAGGAAAGGCCUCCGAAUGUGGACGUGAAAUAUAGUAGGGAAACCAUCUAUUGUUUCGAUAACGAAUCUUUCCGUUAUCUCGUGGCUACUGUACCUCCGAAUAACAUGCAGUUUAAUGAGGAUUUCAAACGUGAUUAUGAUAUCAGUUGGAAAAGAUCUGUUACUGAAUGCGAUCGACUACUGGAGCGCAUCGUCUCCCUUCCCCCUCACAAAGUGAUGGACACCCUAUCCCUCAAUAACGCCAAACAAAACAUAUUAUUAUUGACUCAACCAUUGGCUGACAUCGCGAACAAUAUCGCCAAUAAUGUGAAGGAAUGUGAGGCACAUAAGAGACGGAUAUUUGAUUUUAGAGGCACUAUAGAGGAACUUCAACGGGAACUGUAUAUACCGUCCAAAGACAUAGUGUCCACACCAUUGGCUAAGCCUAAGACUGUGUGCGGGGACAUCCAGUGCUGUACCAAAGAAAAUAUCAAUGGCGUGGAGAAAGUACACUAUCGGGUCAACUGUCAUAAUCCCUGUUACCUAAAAUUCAGCGACGGAAAUAUAAUGGGAAAUAAAGGACUACUCGAAUGUGCGGCUUUUAUUGAGUAUAAACGGGUCGGUGAGGAUCGUUAUUACCAUCCGUCAGAGUUUCCCAAAGAUAACCGAGAGUUUGGAGAACACGAGUUCAACGACGAGGGACUGGUAUUAGGAAUGCCAUCACAAGUCACAAAAUCCGAUAAAUGCUUUAAGUGUAAACAUUCGUAUCAAACGCACCUACAUAUCAAUUACGAGACCCGUAUUGUGACCACAAAGAUAAGGGAUGAGAACAAAAAUAAACGCAUUACUACUGAUAAAGAAGCCAUGGAAGCGCAGCAGUCCAAGAUGAAAGAACUGGAUGAAAAGAUAAAAGAGUUAACUUCUGAGCAAGAUACAAUCACGAGAUGUAUGGCUGAGUUCGCGUGGUUUCUCAGACACAACGCCUUAACCACAUUUAACGACGCCUUCGAGGACUACGUCCGACACCUGAUUGAUAACGAAAGGAAAGGCGGUUCAAUGAGCGCCGAGGAUAAUCGGGAGACCAUUAAAAAGUUGGAACAACUGCUCGUAAAAUAUAAGUAUGAGAAGGAAGUCAUACAGAAAGCAAUGAAAAACAGUAACCAAAACAACGGUGCGGUUUGCAUAUCGUUAGAGGACAUCGACAAGAAAAUAUGUGAGUUGUGUGGACUCAAGUGGAACGGAGGGCUCAUUAAGAAGAUGUUGGCCGAUCAGCAACAGUCGAAAGCAAAAUCACAUGUCAUUGCUAAGGAAAUGGGCUACAGAGUACCGAAACAGUCGUCCCUAUUCAGAAAAUUGCACUCAUUCAUAAUUCGGUUUAAUCCGUUUACUUAAAUUUACAAUUUUGCCUUUACGAUAAUAUAAGAGUUAAAGAAAUAGCUUUUACGAAGCCC